AUGUCGACAUUCGCUGAGCAGCUGUUAGCAAAUGCGCUCAAUAAAGAGGAUAAAGCUACCACUGAAGAACAUCCCGAAACAGAAGACGAAGAUGAUAUUGAGAUUCCUCAAGGAAUCUCAUUGGAAGAUCUGAAUGAGAGUGACAUUGAUGAUGACGAUGGCGAUAUUUUGAUUGAGCAACGCAUUACAGUGAACAACGAGGCAGCUUUGAAGCGUAUUACCGAGAAUGUGAAAGAGAAUGAUCUUCCGUUCUCUGAAACCUUAGUGGUUACUUCAGAAGAACCCUUGGAUUUAUAUGAUGUUCACGACGAUCUUGCCCGCGAGAAUGCAUUUUACAACCAAGCUCUUGCCGCAGUAAAAGUUGGCAUAAAAGAAUACGAAAAGGCGGGCCUUACGUUUUUAUGUCCAGCUACCUUUCAUGCACCGAUGCUGAAGAGCGACGCUUAUAUGUUAGCAGCACACAAACGAGAGCUUGAAGAAGCAACAGCAAAGAAAGAUAGCUUGGAUGAGCAACGUCAACGAGAAUUAUUAAUGCUUCAAAAGCAAGUAAAGGCAGAAGAACAACAGCUUUUGAAGAAAAAAUCGGCAUCAAUGGAGAAAGACAAGCUGCUCAAGAGAAAGCGGAAAGAUGGUCCGGUGGAAGAAAUGGUUUUGGAUGAAGACUUUGAUAUUGAGGCUGAUAAAAAAGAAAAGAAAGAAAAGUACAAGCGACCAAAGAAUGGAAAACCACAGCAGAAGAAGAAGGCAAAAGGCACAUAUAGACCAGGAAAAGCAAAGAGAAACGCAGCACGAAAGUAA